AUGGUCAUCAUCAAGCCGAUCCUCGCCUUACUACUCUUACAAUCCUUCCACUCUUGCUCUACCACCUUCGUUUACAAGGACUUGCAUGGUUCAAAGCGAGUGUUAACCAAACCUUCCUGCGGUAAUUGUCGCUCAACCCAAUAUAUCAAGCCAGCCUACAAGGACAGACUCUGUCCGGCUCUCAGAGAAUGUCAGAAACAUAAUUGUAAGAACACCCAACUAGGAAUUCAUUUCAAGUGCAAGAACUGUGCGGAAUGGCCCGGCCUAGAAAUAUGGGUUCCAUGCGACACCGCCAGGGGAUACGAUCCAUCUUACUGUGUGGAAUGUUCACCUUAUCAAGCCGUCAUCAAUCCCUUCGAUCCGAUCAAAGAGCAUAGCCAGGUGCUGAUCUCCCCGACCCCAAUACCUUCCUGGACUGAACCGGCUGAUGAUUUGGCUGCCAGUGCCAUCAAUAACGAUUCUCGCCCACCGGCUCAACCUUAUUGUAAGCAUUGCUCCUAA